AUGUCAGCUACAAUACAUAAAAAUAUUAAACAAUUGCAUUCUGUUGUUCCUCUUCCUUAUGCUGUAGAUAAUGGAAUUCAACCGUUGUUCACAGAGAAAAGUCUUAAAGAUUUAAUUGAUUUUCAAUUCACUCUUGUUGAUAAUUUGAAUAAACUUACUUCAGACACGGAAUUUUCGGAUUAUACGAUAUAUGAAAUAAUUACCAAAACUGCGCAAGAACCAUCGAAAGCUUUAAUAUUUAAUUAUGCAUCUCAGGCUUGGAACAACGAUUUCUUUUUACAAGGGUUGACAACAAAAGGUGUGACAUCUCCAGAAACGUUUCUUCACGAACGAAUCAAACAAACGUUUGGAUCAAUAAGCGACUUUAAAACACACUUUAAAAAUAUGGCAUUGGGACUAUUUGGUUCCGGAUGGACAUGGCAAGUAACUAUAAAUAUUAAAGCAGCUCAGAGUGGCACAACUCUUGACACUACUCGUCUUCAAGAAAAAGAUCCAAACAACCAUCCGACAAGCCUUCUGUCAUCUCCAUUCUUGACUACUGCCUCACAAACGUCCUCACAGUUUGCUCAAAACGCCAGCUCUUCUAAGCCAGUUCCACCACCUUCCAUAGCAUUGAAUUUGGUAGAUCCACCACCACACAAAUCUAAGUUCACUCCAUUAUUGUGCCUAAAUGUUUGGGAGCAUGCAUAUCUUAAAGAUUUUGGAAUUCAUGGUAAAGAAACAUAUGUAGAUCAGUUUUGGGAAUGUGUUGAUUGGGCGGUAGUGCAUAAUAGAGCCGUGUCACUGCGUGAUAUUCAAGGUUCCUAA